GUAGUAAUAACUAAAAUAAAUUUCAGUACUUACAACGACAUACUUAUUACCUAUGCAUUUUCAGAAAUUAAGUAUAAAUAUGAUCCUAAACAAAUUCAUAUAUAAGCUACUUUCUAGUGUUAAACCUGAUAGUUGAUAUAUAGGUCACACAUAUCUUGAUAAACUUGAUAAAUUGUGAAAACCGAUUUUCGAAAAAUGAUAGUCCCCACUUUCUAUAUGCAGUUACUAGGUUGUGUGUUGACUCAAUAAAACGUCCUUACGGAUUUUAAAGCACAUUUUAAAGAAAAGUUGUUACAACUUCAACAACCACGAUAUGGAAGGUUUUGUUAACGACCACAAGAAAGACGCUUUGUCUCAGGCCUGGCAAGUGGACAAGGACCUUAAAGCUUGUUUGAAAGAAUUGUAUGAUAAAAAGCUGUGGACAGAUGUCAAAAUUCACUGCAAAGAUCACAUCGACGGUGAAUGUAUUCUUGCACAUAAAGUUGUUCUAGCAGCAAGAAGUCCCGUAUUUCAAUCAAUGUUCUUCGGUACCUGUGCUGAUGGCAAAGAUGAAAUCUACCUGGACCAAGUAGAUGCAAACAUAUUCAAUCUAUUUUUAAGGUAUCUUUACAGUGAUGAUCUGACUUUGAGUGAAGAAAAUGCGUCGUCAGUGCUGGAAAUAGCACACUUUUAUCAGGUAUUAAACUUAGUAGAUGUGUGUGCUGAUUUUUUAGCUACCAUUAUAACGGCCAAGAAUGCUUUUGAAGUAUUAAAUGUAGCAACAUUUUAUGAAUUAACAACCCUGCGCAAUGCAUGUUAUGCAUUCAUUGACACCCAUGCAGACGAAAUCCUCCAAUCCGAAGCGUUUUUACAGCUUUCAGCAGAUCGUCUACAUUACAUUUUAAAGGGGGACACUUUUUAUACCGAUGAAAAAAUUAUUUUCACGAAAGUCAUACAGUGGGCGAAAAGAAAAUUAUUUGAGGAAGGCAAACAGGAAUGCACAGGAGCAGAAAUAAGAUCAAUUUUGGGUGCAACGUUCUACUUGUUAAGAUUACCAACAAUGGACUAUGAGACAUUAAUGGAAUGCAUCAGAAAGAAGGGAUAUUUAUCUAUAGACGAAUAUGAGGAAAUAAUUGAUUUUAUCAAUGGAAUUCCUUUAACAUCAGUGAAAAGCAACUCAUGUGUAAAAAGGAUACCGAGAGAAGAUACUUUAAUUCUGUCAACCAUGGAUGGAACAUAUUCUAUCGGAAACAGUGUGUCAACUUCAUUUGAAAUGUCGGUGUCACGUGAUGUUAUUCUCACCAAAUUUGUUCUUUCAAAAAUAUCCAACAUAUUUCAAUACGACCAUCAGCUUUUUUCAGCAGAAAAUAGUAGAAAAAUUCCUAUUACGCACCCAAGUAUAAAUAGUUUCUUUAAAGAAUAUGAAGGUAAUGCACUUGUAUUAACAUAUCCAAAUCAAAAACAAGUGCACACUCUUCAGAAAGUGGGUUCUAAAAUACUCUCUGUGGAACUUGAAAUACCCAUAUAUGUACAUUUCACAAUAAAAGGUAAAAAAAGGCAGGAAUUGAAAAAAGCAGAAGACAUCAAGUCAGAAAAGUCCCAAUUUAAUCCUGUCGAUAAUACAGAUGAACUUGGCAAAGGCAAAUUACACGGUCUUGGUAUACCAAGUUUGAAUGUUAAUACUAAUGACAGCAUUAAAGAUAGUGGAACGGAGAAGAAAGAUAGUGGAGCAGGGAGUGAAGAUAGUGGAGAUAAGGACAAAUUGUUAUAUGAACAAAGAUUACAUGUGUUUGCCAGAAGACAUUUCUCAAAGUACCAUUCAUUUUUAAACAAGGCCAUUCCAAAAUUAUCAAAACUGCCCAUCACGUACAAAUUGGGAAAUUUGGGUUUAAAUUUUAUUUUCGAAAAUUAG